ACGUUUCAUAGAUCAUCCAGGAACACUCGCACGGAGUACCCUCGCAGAGCUAUCGCAUUUUGCAUGCCGUAGUCCGUGAAACAACGGACCUAAAUAUGCUGUUCCGUUCACGAAGGACGCUCCAAUCAGCUCCAUGGCAUAUGAUAGGUCAGAGGGACAAACGUGCUUGAAUUGAACCCAUUCUUGGGUUUGGCAGGGGCCACCAAGUCGACUGUAGCUGUACACCGCUCCUUAUUAAUAUUUCGUACUACAUUCCGAUGAACCAACAUCAACCCACUUCCCCGAGAACUCAUGAGGACGCGACUCAGUCUGUUUUUUUCCCUAGGACUUUACUGCACUGCGAGCGUCGCGUUUCCUACACAGAUUGUAUUGGAUAAAUCGUUGGCUGAACAUCAACUUUCCCCCAGGAAGCUUCACGGUCGUUUUCUGCACAUCACAGAUAUUCAUCCCGAUCCGUUUUACGAACCUGGUACAUCGCAAUCCUCUGCGUGUCAUCGAGCCGACCUCAAGGACAGUCGUCCGGCAGGUUACUACGGAACAGCAUACAGCUCAUGUGAUUCGCCAUUCAGCCUGACAAAUUUCACGCUUGACUUCUUGGAUGAACAUUGGACCUCUGACAUUGAUUUUGUAAUCUGGACUGGUGACAAUGCAAGACACGACAAUGAUGACGACAUACCACGACCGCUUGACGAAAUAUACGACUUGAAUCGCGCUGUGGCCAAGAAGAUGGAGCAUGUAUUUUUGAGCAAAGGCAUUCCAGUCGUGCCAAGUUUGGGAAACAAUGACAUAUGGCCCCAUAAUACAUUAUCUGCUGGACCUAAUAAGAUUUUCGAAGAGUUCUCUUCGAUAUGGAGCGCAUUUAUACCCUCUGCAUCGUCGGCAUCAUUUCACCAAGGAGCAUACUUCUCAACGGAGAUCAUACCUGAUGCGGUGGCUGCUAUUAGCCUCAAUACCUUAUACUUUUAUAAGAAGAAUCAGGCUGUAGGAGGAUGUGAUUUUACCGAUCCAAACGACCCUGGAAAUAUUCACCUUGAUUGGCUCGAGGAGCAACUGGAAGCGUUCCGAUCUCGGCAGAUGCAGGUUUGGAUUACAGGACAUGUACCUCCCUCUGAAAAGAAGUACUUCCCGGAAUGUUAUUACCGUUUCGUAGAGUUGAACCUGCGAUUCCAAGAUACGAUUCUGGGCAAUUUGUUCGGGCACUUAAAUGUUGACCACUUCUCUUUCUUGGACGCUGAUGAUAUCGGCAUGGACAUGUCCGCAGAAAUCUUCUCGGGCAGCACAAUCUUCGAGACGCUCAUCGCUGAUUUUUUGGAGAUACCAGAACCCCUCGAGGAGACUCACUACGACAACUAUGCAGUAGUGAAUGUUAACGCUGCCAUUGUGCCAAAUCCCUACAUUCCAUCCUUCCGAGUUUUUGCGUACAACACUACUGGACUCUCGGGUUUCGCAAGGGAUGUCGGUUCCGAUCCAUAUCUCCAAACAACAAAGGCGACUCGGCGGAGACGUGCCUUGAACGAUAAACAAGUUCGCGCAUCCAAGAAGCCGAUGUGUGAACUCAAAACGUGGAAGUGCCAGUUUGACAAACCCUGGCACUCAGAUAGCGAGUCGCCGUCAAGAAGCAACUCGUUGUGGUCGCCCCUGGGAUACGCACAGUUCUACAUGCCAAGGCUGGAAGAAUUCGAUCAGACCCAUCACCCAGAAUUCGAACUCGAGUACAUGACCUUCCCUCUUUCAGGGUUGCACCCCGAUGAAGCAGCACAAGAUAUCACAAACCAUCAAUAUGUUAUUCCUUUACGGCUUCUGCCAGAAGAACUUCGCCAGUCCGGUACUGUGGAGUCAGUGUACACGCCUUACGAGUUAGACGACUUGACCAUCCCAUCGUGGUUGGAUCUUGCCACGAGGCUUACAAAGGAGAAGGAUCUUCGAUUGAGGUUCAAGGAGUUUAUGUACAUGGGCGGGGAGGAGAGCUGACAGUUUGAAACGUAUGCGCGGAAACGGACAAAGACGUUAAGAUCCAAGCUAUGUAUUACAUAUUGUUGAUGUAUUGGCUGUAGGACUCGAGCUCGUUAUAAUGUUGUUAUUGUUAUACGAUUAAUAUGUAUUAGUAUCUUGAAAGUGGCACAGCUGUAAUAGUAUUCCUGAACCUUACCAUCACCCGAGCGCUAUGUUGGUCCCAACUUGGAUUGCAAUGUGCAUCGAUGCAUCCUUUGAUUCAUCGAUAGAGGCUCGACUAGUGCCGGUUCUUCCACAGAUUUCAUAUAUCGGUGCAUGCGCAGCCCUUGGAUGGCAGUAUGUUCUUCGUCAUCCUUGCACAACCUCAAGGAGGAGGUGGCGACUCUGACGAGAACUGUGAGUCUUUCUCGCCCAUUGAAUUUCACCUCCUUCAGGUUGAACCUUCUCUUAUCGA